AUGGAACGAGAUCUUGAUCCCGAGGACUGGCUGCUGGCUCAGGCUGCCCGCCUGGUGCCUCGGUACAUGGAUAUUUCUCAUGACAUGGGUUGGGCCGAGGCAUUCGUCCUGGAUGGCGACAGCCUGCUGCUGCACAGCCUGCUGGGGGCUCCCGGCACCCGGGUGGAUGUGGGGCAGCCGCUGGCGGCGGUCUACCGGGCAGAGUGCCGCCUCAAGAUGCUCCUCGACCGCGGCUGCCGCUUCGUGGUCCUCCUCUCGCCCGCCCUCGCUGCCGCCUGGGCCGCCGACGACCCCGCCGCUGCCGCGCUGCGUGCCGUGUUCACGCGCCACAUGUCGGCGCUCGCGUGGCGCCGCGAUGGGCUCAGGGUGGCGGAAUGCGACCCAGGGUCCCCAGAGUGGCAGCGGCUGCUGGAUGAGUUGAAGCCGCGAUAUGUUAUGGUGGCUGACAUGGUCGACGAGGAGAGCAGCAGGCAGCUCGCCGGACGCGACGGCGACGAGGGCGGGGGCACAGGCGCCGCUGCCGCGCGGCGGCCGCUGGCGCGCGUGCGGCGCGGGCUGCUGGCGGCGGCUUACCUGUACCUGCUGGCACGCCGCGACCUGGUGUUUCUCGGCGGCCUGCAGGCCAACAGUCACUCCGUGUUUGGCUACCUGCUGCGCGCAUCGUAUGCGCACCGCCUGUUGGCGGAGGAGGGGCCCGCCGUCAGCGCGGCGGCUGCGGCCUUGCUGCCCGGCUUGAUCGGCUCUCACGGCGUCAGCCGCCGCGGCGGCGUUGGCGGCAGUGCGGCAAGCGUUGGGGGAUGCGACGAUGCAGGGCGUGGCGCUGUGGCAAUCAAAGGAGAGGUGCGGUGCGGCGGCAGCCAGAAUGUGAGCUGCGGUGGAGGGGAAGGCCAGGACGCGCGCGAGGGGGCUUUGGUCAGGGCCCUGCUGUCGCAAUCGGCCAGCCCGCGCGAGGCGCUGGGCGGCGCAUGCGCCGCACGCGCCGCCGCUGCCGGCUCUGCCGCAGCCAGCAGUUUAGGUGGUGUUGGUGCCGAGGACUAUGGGCAGGAGGCUCCGACAGCGGCGGGGGUUGUGGCGGAGGCCGCUGCGGCCCGCGCGGCGUGGCCGUGGCUGUCGCGCGUGUGGGCGCUGCACUGUGUGCUGUUGGAUUGGCUCAGCCUGGAGAGCCGGGCGCUGCCGGUGGCGACGGCGCUGCGCUCCGACCCUGGCGCAGCGCGGAUGACGCGACAGCUGCUGAUGCCGUUUGCCAGGGCCGCACUGGCGAGCGCACCUGAAUGGGUCGCGCCUGCCUUCAGCACUGCCGAGGGUGCGCCGCCACCAGACCGGCCGCACCCGCCGCAGCUGCGAGAGGCCGACGCACCUGAAGAGGACGGACAGUUGAGGGCCCUCGCUGAGCUGGUGGAUCCCUGGGACACAGGCCUUUUCUUCGCCGUGGCAAUCUCCCUGCUCAAUGGCGGCACAAGCGCAGCCAGCGCCCUGCUGGCGGCCCUGCCCCCAGACGGCGCCGGCCGCCGCGCAGCGGCCGUGCUGGCCGCGGUGGAUGCCCUGGCGGCGGGCGCAGAUGUCGCUCAGCUGCUCAGCGCCGUCAGAGAACCCCCAAAGCUCACGGCCGCGGCGCUCGUGCCGCCCCCAGAGGCGACCGAGGUCUGGGGCGCUGCCGCGGCGGCCGCGGCGCGCGCAGCGGCAUCGGAGGGCGCGCGGCACGGGGCGCUGCAGCGGCGGCUCGGGGAGGAGAUCUGCAUCCGCCAGCAGGCGGCGCUGGCAUUGGCGGGAUCGUGCGACCUGGUGUCAGAACUGCGGGCGGCGCUGGAGCGCGGCGAUGCGGACAGCAGCAUACCCUUGCUGUCUGGCCCCAGUGCCUGCGCAGCCGCCGAGGGCCACGGCGAGACAGCCAACGGUGACAGCGUGGAGAGGUCGGGCGCCGCGCCGCCGCUGGCCGGCGGGCGUUUCGCGGCCGUGCAGCGGCCGUGGCAGGAGCGGUACCACUGGCACAUCCGGACAGACCUGAAGCCCUUCUUCAUGCUGGAGGCCAAGGCUGACCUGGACAUGGAAGCGCAGCGCAAGCAGCUACUGCGCAUGAAGCCACACCAGCUGGCCUCUAGAAAGUUCAGCAGGUUCAUGACGCGCGACGAGGCGGGCGCGCUCUCCGGCCUCUUGGAAGCCGCCCGCGCCGAGGCCGACACCAAGGCGCGCGAAGAGCUGCUGAGGCGGGCGCUCCGCAUCGCCGACAAGGCGAUGAGCCACUGGGCCACACGCCAGAAGCAGGCGCGCACCGGGGGUUUUCCUGGGUGCCGUCCCUCGGCAAAGUGUGGCGCUGCGGAUGCUGGGGAGUGGUGCAGGGCGGAGGCUUUCUCGGCGCGUGCCAUGAACCGCAUGGUGCUGAGCCUGCAGGGCGGCUUCUAUGAUUCAGGGGGCGGCAGCAAGCGCGGCGCAGCCAUCACGGCCGCCGCGCAGCUGGCGGAGGAGGAGACUGAGGCCGGCGGCGUAGCCAAGCGCGGCGGCGGCGGGGGCGGCGGGAGGACCGGCAAGGGCGGCAAGUCGUCCGCCGACCACAUCAGGCGCGACAAUGCGGCGCGCCUGGCUGCCUUGGACGCGGAGAGGGAUCUGUGCAGCUGGCGGCUGACCGCGCUGCGCUCGGUGGACUCGGCGCUCGACGCGCCGACAGAGACGGCCCUGGCGCGCGCGGCGGAGGCGGUCGACGGCUUCGCGGCCGCCGCCACGACGCCGGCCGGCGCGGCGCACGCGGCGGCGGCGCGGCUGGUGGUCGCCCACGUGUGGCUGAGGAGGGCAGCAAAGGGCACCGCCAAGGGCGGCGGCGGCAGCAGCGGCGGAGGGGUGCCGUCGCGCCUGGAAGCGCCGCUGCGGCUUCUGCUGCUGGCGGUCCAACGGGCGCUGGCGCUGCCGCGGAGGCAGCAAGCAGAGCCCGUCGACCUGCCCAAAGGUACCGACGGCGGAGGCGGGCCGGCCGCGCCGCUCGCGGUGGCGGCGGCCGCGGCGCGCGCGGCCGGAUUCGGCGACCUGGCGUCGUGCCUGAUGCAGGCGCUGCCGCCGCGGGCCGCUGAGCAGGCGGACGCCGCGGCUGGAGCUGCGUCUGAUGGCAGGGGCGGGGGCACGAAGAAGGGUAAAGGGAAGGAGGGUGCGCCCAAGGAAUCCAAGGAGGGGUUCAAGAAGAAGGACAAGGGCCCUGGCAAGGGCAAGAGCCAGGAGGUAGCGGCAGCAGGCGGCCCGCACCGCAGCCUGCAGCCCAAGCUCAAAGCCAUCGACUGGGACGCAGUCGGCUGGCGGCCGCCGAGCGCGGAGCGGCUGCAGCUGCUGCUGGUGCCGCACCUGCUGCCGCGAGAGCGCGGCGGGGAGCGGGACGGGCGCGUCGCGUUCGUGCCGGACGCGUGGCAGCGGCGCCUGCUGGACACUGUGGAUGCGGCAUAA